CCAGUGCUGGUCUGAUGGAACCUGGAGACCUCCUGUGCCCUACUGUGACCAGGUUUGUGGUCCCCCUCCACAGAUCAGCAAUGGGCAGCACUCCAGCCCCAGAGAGGAGAAGUUCCCCUACGGCUCAGAAGUCAAGUACAGGUGUACAGAGGGGAUGGCCCUCAUUGGGGACGACUCCAUCUACUGCACCUCCCGUGAUGGGGUCAACCUGGCAUGGAGUGGACCUGCCCCACAGUGCAAGGUGGUUCGGUGCCCCAGGCCGGCGGUGGAGAGGGGCAGGAUCCUUUCACGGAUGUUCACCUUUCCCUACAAGGCCACCGUGAGGUUCUCCUGUGAUGAAGGCUACACCCUGCAUGGUGCUGCUGAGAGCCAGUGCAUGAGUGACAGCUCCUGGCACCCUCCUCUGCCCACCUGCCAGCGAGUUCUGUGUCCACAACCACAAGUGGCCAACGGGAAGGUGGAAAACUCUUUGGGUGACAGAAGCUGGUACCCAACAAAUGCAACUGUCACUCUCGAGUGCCUUCCUGGGUACCACCUCUCAGCUGAUGGAGAUGUGGCUUUGGAAGACUCCUGGACAGCCACCUGCUUGCCUGAUGGCAGCUGGACACCGUUGCCCCAGUGUAAGGAAGAAGAGGCUGCUGAUGUGUGUGAAGAGCUCAGAGCCAUGAAAACACUCUUUGAAUGUGGUGUGCCUGCAGCUGAGGUGAAAACUCUGCUGGAGGUGCAGAAACUCUUUCUGGAGAUACAAAAACUGAAGGCAGAGCUGGAAAGCUUGGCCAAGUGAGUCCUGCCACACGCUGGAGCCAUCCCCUGUCCUCCAAAACCACACUUGGUGUAGUCACUCUGUGCACACAGAGCCUCUUGGUGGCUUGGUGCUUUCUGCUUGCAUGCCUGCAGCCAGAGCAAUGACAACCCAAGUGUGGCAGAUGGCUUUUGUCACGCUGGAUGCUAAAGCACAGGGAGGUUGCUGCUCUUCUACCCACCCCUGACUCGCUGCUUAACAAACCUCUUGUGCUGCUUUUGCUAUGGGGAAGCACAGCAGGAGACUCAUCUGAGCUUCACUGAGUCACUGUGCAAACUCUGCUGAGCCAAGGGCAGGGGGACUGAAGUCCCCAGGGGUAAAGCUCUAGCUGAGGUGAAUGCCUGGUGGCUCUCUCUGCUGUAGCCUUCUGGCUGGUGAGGUGUGCCUGUGCUGCACCCUCUGCUUGGACCAACCUCAGCCUCUCGUUGCUGCCACACUGAAAUCAGCAGUGAAAUAAAUGUUGAGCUUCAGGA